GGCUGGCUCUCCAGAAUCAUGGACUGUGCUGAUAUGCCUUGCUUGCUGUCAAGACACCAUGAUUCCUGGUAACCGAAUGCUGAUGGUCAUCCUACUAUGCCAAGUCCUGCUAGGAGGUACUAACCAUGCUAGCCUGAUACCGGAGACCGGCAGGAAGAAAGUCGCAGAGCUUCAGGGACAAGCCGGAUCCGGACGCCGCUCUGCCCAAAGCCAUGAACUCUUGCGGGGUUUCGAAACAACUCUGCUGCAGAUGUUUGGGCUGCGAAGGCGGCCUCAGCCCAGCAAGUCAGCCGUCAUUCCUAGUUACAUGCUGGAUCUCUAUCGACUCCAGUCUGGAGAAGAGGAGGAAAGCCUCCAGGAAAUUAGCCUGCAGUACCCUGAGCGAUCGACCAGCCGGGCAAACACCGUGAGGAGUUUCCACCAUGAAGAGCACCUGGAGACCGUCCCGGGUCCCAGCGAGGCGCCCCGGAUCCGCUUCGUCUUCAACCUCAGCAGCGUGCCGGAAAACGAGGUGAUCUCCUCGGCGGAGCUGCGGCUGUACCGGGAGCAGGUGGAGGAGCCGAGCGCGGCGUGGGAGAGGGGCUUCCACCGGAUAAACAUUUACGAAGUGAUGAAGCCGCUGUCGGAGCGUGCUCAGGCCAUUACGCGCCUGUUGGACACGCGUCUGGUGCACCACAACGUGACGCGCUGGGAGACCUUUGAUGUGAGCCCGGCUGUGAUCCGGUGGACCAAGGACAAGCAACCGAACCACGGGCUGGUGAUCGAGGUGACCCACCUCCACCACGCACAGACUCAUCAGGGCAAACACGUCAGGAUUAGCCGAUCUUUACCUCAAGGGCGCGGGGACUGGGCUCAGCUCAGGCCGCUCCUGGUCACUUUUGGGCACGACGGGCGAGGCCACGCGCUGACCCGUAGAGCCCGCCGGAGCCCCAAGCACCAGCGUUCCCGCAAGAACAAAAAAAACUGCCGCCGCCAUGCCCUCUAUGUGGAUUUCAGCGACGUGGGCUGGAACGACUGGAUCGUGGCACCCCCGGGGUACCAGGCGUUUUACUGCCACGGGGACUGCCCCUUCCCUCUGGCCGACCACCUCAACUCCACGAACCACGCCAUCGUGCAGACGCUGGUGAACUCCGUGAACUCCAGCAUCCCCAAGGCCUGCUGCGUGCCCACGGAGCUGAGCGCCAUCUCCAUGCUCUACCUGGAUGAGUAUGACAAGGUACCGCGGAUCCCCCUGUGCUGGGGCUGCGCCACGUGGGAGAUGAGGGUCCCUGGAGAUUAAGAGCUGCUUCUCCCGGCCGCUGGGAAUAGAGCCGACCUUGCUAACCUGGCCCAAGCCUUUGCAAAGCAACCCACCAAAAAUGCAUUUGAAAAGAAGGUGAAGAUUUACCUGAGGGCUUUAUGCUAAACCCAAUGGGUUUUAUACCCUUCGUCCAUCUUCAGGAUUCCCCAGGUUUUAAAACUAUUAACAUUUCCCCCCCGCUCCUCCCCUCCUCACUGGAGAUUGGCUUCUUUGGGAAGCUUCAAAGGUUUGCACGGGUCCUUUGAAGAUCAAAUCGCCCCAUUACAAUGCCAAAAAAAAAAAAAGAUAUCUGGAGCAGUUAAAUAUGUGUUAGCUAAUAGCUACCUGUGCUGUGUCCUUUCCAAAUUGCUUCCGAGCAGGAAGGUGAUCAGAGCCGAGCAGGUACAGUUGGAGGUAUCUAGGGCCUGAAACCCCUGGCUCAAAUCCAUCGGAUGGACUGUGUUUGGCUUGGAAAAUAGGGAGCUGUGCCAUGGGGUGCGUGCGUGGGGCUCGUGUCCUCGGUGAUUGUGGGAGUGGGAAGGGACAGGAGC